AUGACAUCAAUCAAACCGUUCCAGUUAGAAGAUCUAUUCACAAUCAAUCCAGUAAAUCUUGACCCAUUAACUGAAAAUUUCAACAUUUCAUUCUACUCGCAGUACUUGAUAUCAUGGCCCAAUCUAUUCUACAAAUCAGUUGAACAACCUCUUGGUGCAACAAGCGGAUACAUGAUGGCAAAGACUGAAGGACAACUAAGCAAGAUGGAAUACCAUACCCAUAUCACUGCUGUUACUGUCCAAGACCAGUACCGCCGUAUUUCACUAGCGUCGAAAUUGUGUUUACAGUUGGAAAAGAUUAGUGAGGUACAGCAGACAUUGUUCAUUGAUUUAUUUGUUAAAGUGACUAAUCUAUUGGGGAAGAUGCUUUAUGAAAAGUUGGGGUAUAGUGUUUAUCGACGAGUUGUGGGGUAUUAUGGAGGAGGAAGAAGCAUGCCAGACGAUAGGACUGCUAUUGAUGAUGACAUUGAUGCUUUUGAUAUGAGGAAAUCGUUACCGUUGGAUAGAGACUCGCAAACGGUUAGAGAAAUGGGAGAGAAGGUUUACGUACUACCGAAUGAAGUUGUAUUUUAA